CGUUUCCUGGCUUCAUCCAAGUUUCUGGAACACUGCUUUCUCAACAAAUGCUCGUGCGUUAGCUAGGAGUAACGAGCUUCGCCGGCGUGACGUCUGUUCAUCUGUGAAAACAAUCGAGACUUUGGCGGAGAGACACACGGAAGAAAUGCCUUCCAGGUCCGACUACAAUGCAUUACAGACAGAUCCAGAUCUUCAGCCACCGGCGUACAACGAAGGAGGUGUAGAUGAAGAAGACUAUGUGCAAUCACUGCCACCUACUAAGGAAGAACGAAAGAGACUUUGGUGGAGGAAUGCAAUCAUUAACUCGCUAUUCAUCGCAGCUUGGUUCAUUGUCGCAAUCCUUCUUUCUGUAUACAAUAAAUGGAUGUUCUCUCCAGACCACUACGGAUUUACGUGGCCUUUAUUCGUCACCAUGCUACACAUGUUCGUGCAGUUUGGAUUUGCGGCAGCUGUGAGGAAUGUAUGGCCGUCUCAGUUUCGACCACCUCAUAACCCCGGUAGAAAGGACUACUUGCAGAAGGCCGUUCCAACCGGUGUUGCGACAGGUUUUGAUAUUGGCCUCUCAAACCUCUCUCUCAAACUCAUCACGUUAUCAUUUUACACCAUGUGUAAAUCAUCAUCGCUCAUAUUCGUCCUCUUCUUUGCUUUUAUCUUCAAACUGGAGAAGUUCUCCUUUCGACUCGUCGGGGUUAUACUUCUUAUCUUCGUCGGUGUCCUCAUGAUGGUCGCAACAGAUACUCAAUUUGAAGUGCUCGGUUUCGUCCUGAUCACAACUGCGAGCGCCUUAAGCGGUCUCCGAUGGAGUCUAACUCACUUGCUGCUGAAGAGCAAGAAGAUGGGUAUGAAUAAUCCAGCGGCUACAAUCUUUUGGCUUGCCCCGAUCAUGGGUGCAUCAUUGGCUAUCGUUAGCUUGGCACUCGAGGACUGGGCUGCUAUAAUCAGGAGCAAGUUCUUCGACAGCGUGGCGCAUAUACUUAGCACCGUGCUGUUUCUUGCGAUUCCAGGGACAAUGGCCUUCGCCAUGGUUUUAUCUGAAUACUACAUCAUCCAGCGUGCGGGGGUUGUCCCUAUGUCGAUUGCUGGGAUCGCAAAAGAAGUCUCUCAAAUCUCUGUAUCUGCGUGGUUAUUUGGCGAUGAGCUCACGCCGCUCAACGUAGCUGGUGUUGCUGUGACAGUGUGUGGUAUCGGUCUAUUUACAUAUCACAAAUACCACAAGUCUGUGGAUACAGAGAUUUCAAAAGACGACGCACGACGAAAUCACAAUACUUUCAAUGAUAUGGAGCCUUCUCUGGAGCUUGAGGAGCGAGGCUUACUCUCAACCUCACAGCUAUCCGGAUCAAGCCAUGAACUCCACUUCACGGUGAGCAAUAAAUUUCUUGUUCACCGACUUAGUAGCUGGAUGUGGCGAAUCCUUGGGAAGAAACGAGCCUUAACACAAAUGGGGACAUGGUUACCAGUGGGGCAGUGA